AUGUUUUAUGGCGCCAAAGGACCCAUAUUGAUUGAACGUAUUGGUCAUUUACUCUCUGUCAAUUAUGGUAGUAAAGAUGAAAGAAAACAAUGGGCAAUUCAAGGCAUAAGCUAUUUGCAGGAAAUUCACUGUACAAACACACCUUAUCUGGAUAUCCUAAUAGAGGAGAGUGGGUUAAGACCUGUUAAUAUACUGAAUAGCCAACUGGUAAGUAAUCCUCAUUCUUCGUUACUUGGAGGAUUCGAUGAAAAUACUGCACGAGAUAUAAUUUCACAUAAUUUCCAUAAUGCAAUAUUUCAAAUGGAGUCACAAGAAGUUCCAUUGAGUCAGCGAUGUCAGCAUUUAGAAAAAAUCACCCAAAUAUCGUUAUUGUGUAAGAACUUUAAAGGCGUUGAAGAAAUCGAAUAUAAUGUGAAAAGUAUUAUUCAACGGCGUGAGAAUUAUGAUAAUUCUGGUCCCGUGAUAGAGCGUGGGACCGGUCGUGAAACUGCUCAAGAGGAUGUUUUUUCACUUGUGAGAAUACAAAUAUUGCUCUGUGUCUCUUAUUUCUUACAAGAAAGAUAUUUUGACUGUUGCACAAAAUUCUUUACAAUAAUGAAUUCAGAACCAUUGACACUGAAGGUUCUUUCAGAACAUUUUAAUAGUGUUGAUUUCAUAUCGAAAGAGGAGUUUAUGAUGAUGCUGAAUAUAUCUGUACUCAUUUCCAUACCAUUGGAUAAUUAUGAUGAUUUUAUUUACUUGAGUGAUUUAAAGCAGUUUUUUUGUAUGACACCAUUGUUGGUUACUUGUCUCGAACUGCUAAUAAACACAAACUUCAACAAGUUUUUCAAAAUUUGGCAUGGAGAGAUAAAUGGGAUGUGUGUGAAAAGUCUUUUUCUGGAACCGAGCUGGUCAUCAUCCGCUGCAAUUAUUAUGAGAUGUAAAAUUUACUUCUUUUACUUGAGAAUAUCAAAAAAGCUACAGUUUACUUAUUUAUCAUCUACAUUAGGUAUUGAUCUGGAAGAUAUUAAGAAAGAGUUAACGAAGCUUAUAAUAUCAGGACAGUUAAAUUUCGAAAUCGAUGAUGAUGUAAUACAUUUUGAGGAUAGCUCUAUCUUACAAAGUAUCAUCAAUGAAAUUAGCAAAAAUGGUACCAUAAUCAACGGGGUUAUAGAUAAGCUAAAAAAUCAAAAUUUGGAUUUGAAAGAUAUUAUUCAAAGUAAUCCUGUACAGUAUAGCAGUAAUAAUAAUACAGUAAAUAUCACUAGUAGUGAAAGCACUGAAGAUAUGGAUAUAGACGAAGUUAAUAACAGGAGUGACAUUAGUGAUUCAGAAGGCAAUUUGUUUGAAAGUUGA